GUGCAAUCUCAAACCGCGAGCGAUGGUGACCUGGGGGCAAGUCGCCGUCACGCUCAUCGCGGGCAGCUACCUCAUCGGGCGCAAGGAGCUGCCAGUUGCCGCCAAGUCAUGUGGGCGCUACGUUGGUCGCUCGAUCGGCGCCGUACUUCGCGCCAAGAACGAGUACUUUGAAGCGACCAAGGACAGCGAGAUCGUCAAGAUGCAAACCGAGCUGCAAAAGGGCCUCGACGAGCUCAAUCAGAUUCGGUCCGAGCUCACCAACAUUAGCAGCAUGAAGCGACCGCUGCGUCCGGUGGGCACGGCGCCAGCGGCGGGUCCUUCGCCGCCGACGGUGGCCGCCUCGACGGCGUUCGUCGCAACACCGAUGGCGACGACGGCCUCGCGCCGCUCCUCAAUCAUCAACAACGCUGUGGCAAGCGUCGACCACACGGAGCGGGCGUACGAAGACGUGCUCGAGCACGCAGAAGACGCCGACCAGGCGCGCCUCGCCCUCGCCGAGCUCAACAUGGCCAAGCAAAACCAGUUUACAGCCCACAUCGAAAGCAUCGAAGGCGGCGCCGACUAUGUCUCGUCCAGCCUCAUGGACAGCAUCUUGCUCAAGCGCGUGGCCGCACCAACUCCGUCGCCGCCGCCAGCUGCCAGUAGUACACCCUGAGACCACAUUGAUACGAGAUAGGCAGCUUGCAAACGACGUCAUGUUAUGAGUGCUAGUCUG